ACACAGGAUAUAUCAUAUUCAUGUACCUUCUUUGCUAUGGUGAGAACUUGUGCAAAGCUUCUGCCACUGUUACAAAAUUGGCAUCAGAAUUAACCAUCAGUGUUGGGCCUCGUGGGCUGGAGGUAGAUCAGGCUUUGGCUUCUUUUGGCCCAAUGAGGACACAUGUUGGCCCAGUCCAAACUACACAUUUCCACAGUGGGUGUAAUGGUGUAUAACCAAGUGGUCUAGUUUAUCAACCGAGGAAAUUUUCUGACAGAUUACUAUUUCAGGCUCUCCCUGUUCAACUGUGACAAAAGACAAGCGGUCAAAACCAAAAAGUAACUUUUCUUCACCAGUCUCAAGACCCUCAACCUCUGCCAACGGCUGUAAAAUUUGAUCCUCAAGAUCCGAGCCAAAUCGAAACACGUUUUAGCUUCACAAUCUCCCGCAGAGCUCUCUCAUCAGCUCACACUAACCCAUCAAUGGCAGACUAUGAAACACACCACCGUCACCAAGCAAUCCCAAAAGAGACGGCACUCCAAGCCCUCAACACCAUAAUCCAGCUUCAUUUCGAGAAAACCCUUGAAAAGAAGAGAGCCAUUGACCUUCAAAAGAAGGAGCUUUACAAGCACUUCUUGCUCUUCUUCAUCUUCCUCUCUCUGGUUUUCUUAGGCCAAUCUCAGUCUACCCGCCUUGAAUGCCGCCACUGCUGGAUCCCCAUUUCACUCCUUUCCCUUGCUCACCUCAUCUUCUAUGUCUCAGUAGCUCAGACCCUCAGAUGCAUCAAUGGGUUCAAGUACCAGAGGAGGUGCCACAAGCUAACUCUUGGAUUGGCCACUGAGAGGCUGAGGGAGCUCAAAAUGAGAGUGAAUGGUGGAGAAUAUGAUGGUGGUGAGGUGGUGAUAGGCGAUGAAAGUGAGCUUGAGAUUCAUUACCAAGAGCCCCCUGAAAGCUACUUUGGUAAGUUUAAGCGGAAUUGGGCUCUGCAUUUUGGGUUCUUGAUCUUGAUUUAUGGAUUCAUGGUGUCUUCCUCUGUUGUCCUCCUCUGUUUCUAGUUUCUGGGUUUGGGUUAUUAUGCUUGAAGCUUUGAUGGGUUUGUUUGAUUACAGAGGCAGCUUUAGUUUGUUUGUUAGAUUCAAUGUGGCCAAAACUUGAAGAAGAAAGAAAUUGGUACUUUCUUUUAGUGGAUAUUCAUAUUCUUUGGUGGUAGGAAAAUC